CCGGGGCGUGACUAUCGUUGUGCAUGAAAGAAAUAUACAAAACGUAUAAAUGGCCGAUCUUGUUGCCGUUGUUCAUCCGUCUACAGCCUUAGCCCAGUCCGAAACAGUAAUUGGAGUCCCAACUCAUGCUACUGCGUCUAGCUCAUCUCCUGGCAAAGGCUUCACAACAGGAGAAUCAUAUUCGUCAAAUGUUUACCUGUCAAAUGGACGUAUUCAAUCACCAAUCACUAUCCAAUGGCUCCUGGAGAAUUUCGAGGAGUGUGAGAGAGGCAGCCUUCCCAGGAACUCAUUGUACUCUCUGUACUGUGAUUACUGCAAUCAAACACGACUAACUGCAGUCAAUGCAGCCAGUUUUGGAAAGUUGGUUCGGCAAACAUUUCCUUUCAUCAGAACCAGACGUCUUGGAACUAGAGGGCAAUCAAAGUAUCACUACUAUGGCAUCAGAGUGAAAAGCAUCUCUCCAUACUUCAAUUAUUUCGACACUCUUGUGCAACGAGGUGUCUUCUCUGCCUCAAGAAGGCAAUAUUCACCAUCUCGUGCUGAGUCUCCUGUCAGUCCGUAUUACUUAUUGACUGGCUCUCACUGUGCAUUGAAUGCUGAACACAUAAGAUCCUGUCAUCCAGAUUUGGACCCCAACUCUUUGCUACCUGAACUACCGACUGCGUACCACAUCAUUCUACCAUCUUAUAUUCCACCAGACAAGAUGCAGACAUUUCUUGUUAUGUAUCAAGCUCAUUGUCAGAUCCUUGUGGAAGUCAUUCUGCAAGCCAACUUUCUUGAGAUUGAAGGCCAUUUGAAACAAUUCUGGCAUGGAAUCCCUACCAAUUUAAUCAGCAUUCUCGACUGUCCUGCAGUCAUUGAUCAAAUUGCUCUUUUCGACUGGAAGUUUUACAAAAACCUACUUGGUAUCCUCAUUCCCCGUCCAAUGGAACCAAUGAUUUCAAGCUUAGUGCAGGCUCUUCGACAGUUCUCUCGAUGCUUCAUACCAUGGAUCCAAGAAAGCACAAUACACAUUCCUCUGGCCAUGAGUGAAGCUAAAGUGCAAGCUGGCAAGAUGUUUACCAAAUGCUUAAGAAGACAAACAGCCAUGACACAUCUCUGUCAAGCAUGUAAUAGCCACUUUAAUAGAUCUGAAAAUAUUGAAGGCAUGCUGCAUGACUGGAAGUCUCUUGAUCUAGAGAGCAUCAACCAGCAGGUCCUAUGGGCAAGCAAUGCUAGAACAGAGGAAGACUUUGAGUGCUUGGAACAAGCGGAGGCAGAGUUCGAGGGCCUUAUUGGUCAUUCAAUAACACUCAUGGUUGACUGGGUUAGUGGAAUGAUGGACAAGGCAAUACUUCAGUUGAGUGCGUCACGUGUUUGCAAGUUCGAGGUAGCAGCACAGAACUUCUUUCUUAAGUGGACAUUUGUCAGCAACAAGAUCGUUCGUGACUUGACACUGAAAAGUGCAGAAAGUUUUGGUUCGUUCCACUUGAUUCAGACUGUUCUCAACGAGUACAUCUUGUAUCUUCUGGAAGCACACACAAAUGAGGUAAUGGAAGCUGACUUGACAACAAAUGCACAAGCCAGUUCAAAACCAGACAAUGAAGUUGAACUUUCAUAUGCUGUGCAAGUUGAGUUUCUUCCAGAAGUGCUCUCUGCAGCAAAAUCUGUGUCGGCUGAAUCACAUCUGCUGGCCUCUCACAUUCCCAUUUCUUCCUUUCAACAUCCCCAGUUGAUCUUCAGCCAAUGCCCUAUCCCAUCAGACACAGCAUCCUACCCAGAUAUGAAUGAACAUGAACAGCAAAACAUCAUCAUCACUUCCUUCCACCCUUCCCAGAUAAUCACUCCACUGGCUUGCAACAUUGAUGAUCAUACAUAUAGUUGUAAAACAGACAUGAAGGAGAAAUCACCUACUAAAGCAGAUCUCGGUGUCUUGCCACGACAACAACAAUGUCAUAAAAGUGGAAACAAAGAGGACCAGCUAAUCAACAAUAGAAUAGAUCAACAGGGAGUUGUGCAAUCUGCAGGAAGUCUACACCACGUCUGAGCAAAAGUGCUAAACUUAUACCUGGUGGACACAUACCAUUGAUACCUCAGCCACAACACUUCCUGUUAGUACUUGUCACAUGCGUAUAUCAACAAAUGAACAGAAAGAAGCAAAUAUGUUGUCAUAUGAAGCUAAUCUACCUACCAGACUUCAUAGUAUUUUCUGUCAUAAAAUAUUUAGAAGUUGUGUAUUUAUUGAGAGCACAAAGAAGGAAGGAAAGAUUUAGAUAUUUAACUGUUGUAUUUCUAUAUGUAUAACUAGUGGUGGAGUAUUAAUAGUGUUGCCAUUGUCACUAACUGCUUCACGUCAAAUAAUCAUUAAUCUCACAAC